UUAAGAAAACAUAAAACAAUGAAGACCUCAUCCUUUUCCUUGACUCUCACCUUCUUAGUCCUCUUGGCAUUUGCUUCGGCAGAUCCCAACCCUGUCUUGGACAUAGAUGGGAAGAAGCUUCGGGCAGAAACCCAUUAUUACAUCUUACCUGUUGUUCGUGGCAUGGGCGGAGGCCUAUCUUUGGACUUCACCGGUCGUGUGAACAACUCUGAAGUAUCAUUCUGCCCACUUGACGUCGUCCAAGAGAGGUUAGAAGUCGAAAAUGGCCUGCCAGUCACAUUCUCGCCCGUGAACCCAAAGAAGGAUGUCAUUCGUGAGUCAACCGACCAUAAUAUCCAAUUUGAAGCAAUGACUAUAUGCAUCCAAUCGACGUUAUGGCAGCUGGCAAGUCAGGACGAGGCGACCGGCCUUUACUUUGUGGCUACUGGCGGACAAAAGGGGAACCCCGGGAAAGACACCUUGAGAAACUGGUUCAAGAUAGAGAAAUUUGACAACUACUACAAGUUGGUGUUCUGUCCCUCGGUCUGCGAUAUUUGUAAGGUAAUAUGUAUGGAUGUCGGGAUAUAUGUGGACGAGAACCAUAUGAGGCGUUUGGUCCUGAGUGAGAAGCCUUUCUUGGUCAUGUUCAAGAAAGUGGAUUAAUUAAUCAUGUUCAAGCAAAUCUUAUUUUUACCAAUUUCUUAUAUUUGUAUUGUAAUUGUAUGUUAGAUCUCUAUUGUUUAUGAAUAAAGAGAUAUGGUAUUAAAUCAAUGUAAGAUAGUGAAUAAUAAGUUCCUUAAUAUAAUUUGUUGCA